AUGACUUCCUUAGAAGCUCCGCUCGUCCUCAUCACCGGCGCUACCGGACAUAUCGGUUUCCGUACCCUAGCCGUCGCCCUCGAAGCCGGUUACCGCGCCCGCGUCUCAAGCCGCAGCCUUCAAAUGGCCGAAAAGCUUCGCAGCCUUCCCUCGAUCAAGCCCCACGCCGACAAGGUAGAAUUCGUUGAGAUCCCCGAUUUCCUAGCACCCGGCGCCUUCGACAAUGCCGUUCAAGGGGUCUCCUACAUCAUCCACGUGGCCUCGCCCAUUCCCGAUGCUACCAUCCCCGGCAGCGGCACGCACUUCGACGCCGACCACGAUUUCGUCCAGCCCGCCAUCCAGGGCACCUUGAACCUCCUCCGCUCCGCCACCAGAGCUAGCAGCCUCACGCGCAUCAUCAUCACCUCGUCGGUCGCCAUACUCGCCGCCCGUGAAGGUGCCACAUUCAUUGGGCCCGAUGACCUCAAAGUCGCACCCACUGCCGAAGAGCAGCGCACCAGCCAAUGGCAGGCCUACACGGCUUCCAAGGUGCUUGCGCACCAGAAGGCCAACGAGUGGGUCGCAGAGCACAAGCCAAGUUUCGACAUUGUCUGGGUGCUGCCCGGAUACACCAUGGGCCGCAACGAACCUGUGCGCACUCGUGCUCGCCUGCUGGAUCGCGCCAGCAGUAACGGCACCAUGCUGCUGUACGCGCUAGGCAAGGACUCACCAGCCAACGAACCCAGACCCUUGGACCUCGUGCUCGUGGACGACGUGGCGGAGACGCACGUCCGCGCGCUGACGGCAAAGAAUCUCGGUAAUGGCGAGCGUUUGGUGGCCAAUUUCCCGGGCGAUAUCAAGGCGUACAGCGAGAUUGAUCCGUAUGUGAAGAAGUGGUUCCCUGCGGCGGUGGAGAGUGGGCUAGUGCCGUUGGGGGGUCAGGUGGUGGGGAGGAGGGGAAACUAUGAUAGUGAGAAGACGACAGAGAAGUUAGGCGUGAGGUUUAGCGGUCUGGAGGAGAUGGUGAGGAGUUUGAUUGGGCAGUAUGUUGAGUUGGCGGCGGAGGAGGAGAGGAAGGGGGAAAAGGACGGAAGGUAA